AUGUGCGGGAGGGGGAGGUGUGUGGUGGAGGCAUGCCUCAUAAGGUCUCUCUUCUCAUUUUGGCCUUCCCAGGUCUCCUGGGGCCCCUACUCCGGGGACGAUGAGGAGGCAUACUCGGCUGAGCCGCUGCCAGAACUCUGCUACAAGGCCGAUGUCCAGGCCUUCAGUCGGGCCUUCCAACCCAGUGUCUCCCUGACGGUGGCUGCGCUGGGUCUGGCUGGCAAUGGCCUGGUCCUGGCCACGCACCUGGCGGCGCGACGCGCUGCCCGCUCGCCCACCUCCGCCCACCUGCUCCAGCUGGCCCUGGCCGACCUUCUGCUGGCCCUGACCCUGCCCUUUGCCGCAGCCGGGGCUCUGCAGGGCUGGAGUCUGGGAAGUGUCACCUGCCGCGCCAUCUCGGGCCUCUAUUCGGCCUCCUUCCACGCCGGCUUCCUCUUCCUGGCCUGUAUCAGCGCCGACCGCUACGUGGCCAUCGCGCGGGCCCUCCCAGCUGGACCGAGGCCCCCGGUGCCGGGCCGUGCACACUUGGUCUCAGUCAUCGUGUGGUUGUUGUCGCUGCUCCUGGCGCUGCCUGCUCUCCUUUUCAGCCAGGACGGGCAGCGAGAAGGCCAGCGGCGCUGCCGUCUCAUUUUCCCCGAGGGCCUCACGCAGACGGUGAAGGGGGUGAGCGCCGUGGCGCAGGUGGUCCUGGGCUUCGCGCUGCCGCUGGGCGUCAUGGCGGCCUGCUACGCGCUCCUGGGCCGCACGCUGCUGGCCACCAGGGGGCCCGAGCGCCGGCGCGCGCUGCGCGUCGUGGUGGCCCUGGUGGCUGCCUUCGUGGUGCUGCAGCUGCCCUACAGUCUCGCCCUGCUAUUGGAUACUGCCGACCUCCUGGCGGCCCGCGAGCGGAGCUGCCCCGCCAGCAAGCGCAAGGAUCUGGCACUGCUGGUGACCGGGGGCUUGGCCCUCGCCCGCUGCGGUCUCAACCCCGUGCUCUACGCCUUUCUGGGCCUGCGCUUCCGCCAGGACCUGCGGAGGCUGCUACGGGGUCGAGGCUGUAGUCCAGGGCCUCACCACCGCGGCCGCUGCCCCCUCCGGCCCCGCCUUUCUUCCUGCUCGGCUCCCACGGAGACCAACAGUAUCUCCUUCUGGGACUACUAGGGCUGCGAAUCAAGAGGAGGGGGGCGGGCUGAGGAAAUGA